CCGCCCCCUUUCCCGAACUCACUCCUCGCCCUCUCCAGACGCCCAUCAGACUCCUUGCACCUUGUUGGCCAUGUUCCCGCCCAAGCAGCCUACUAGGCCUUGGGGUCUCAAAUGGCGUUCAUCCGUCUGGUUUGUCACGAUAGCGGUUGGUUUUGGGAUAACGACCGACCUUCUUGUCUACUCGAUCAUCAUUCCUGUCAUGCCUUUCCAGCUUGAACAUCUUGGCUACCACGGAGUCUCUGCUCUCACAGGUUGGCUCUUAUGUGCAUACUCUGCAGGGCUUGUUGUAUCGACUAUACCCAUUGCUAUUUUCUCGGAGCGCUAUAUGGCUCGAAAGUAUCCUCUCAUUAUUGGCCUGUUCGCACUUCUCGGUUCUCAGGUGCUGCUCAUGGAAGCCCCAAGCUACGCUGUUAUGGCUGUUGCACGUGUUCUUCAAGGCAUAAGCUCGUCCAUGGUCUGGAUUGUGGGGUUGGCAUUACUCUGUGAUACCACCCCCGAGAGUCAGGUUGGCAGGCAGAUUGGAUUCGCCAUCACUGGACUUUCUGUGGGCCUCCUUGUUGGCUCUCCAGCAGGGGGUGAACUCUAUAAGCACUAUGGGUUCCAUGGUCCAUUCAUUUUCGGCGAGAUAUGCACCGUCGUUGAUCUCAUCUUCCGCUUGCUCAUCAUUGAGCGGAAAGACGCAUUACGCUGGGGAUAUGAUCCUGCUGCUGCCAUGGUGCCCCGAGGAGAUGCAGAGGGCCAUAGCUCACCGCUUCAAUUAGAUGGUGUGACACCUCAGACAUCUAGUGCUCUCGAUGGUGGUCAGAUUGCGGAUUCUCCUGAAUUAUUAAGGGAUGCCGAAGUACCGGCAGUCCCUCAGAACAAGCUUGCCCAGGAGAUCGACAAGCCCCUCCCUCUCCUUCAAGUCAUUGCUAAAAUGGCACAAUCCUCUCGGGCAAUGGCUGCAUUAGGUAUGGCGCUUGUGUACGGUAUUGUGAACAGCAUGCAGGAACCUUCGCUUCCAUUGCAUUUACAAGACAAGUACCAUUUCGGUUCGGACAAAGUGGGAUUGGUCUAUCUGGCAGCGGUUGUCCCAGCUUUGAUAUCGUCACCAUUGGCCGGAGUUAUCAAUGAUCGUCGCGGCGCUGAAUGGCUCACUACUGGUUGCUUGCUCUUUUGUUUACCCUGGUGGAUCCUUCUUACACUGAACCGAGGUCUCCCUCUCUUCGUGGUGGCACUCGCCCUCCAAUGUUUCUUUGUAUCUGGCGUAGUUCCGCCAGUUACCGCCGAGCUUGCGGCAGUUUCCCGAAAGAUCAAGGGGAUGGGCUUUGCUCACGUUUAUGGCGCCUUCAAUCUAGCCUUUGGCUUCGGAACAGCAGUGGGACCUGUUAUGGGUGGUCAGAUUUACGAUCGAGCAAGAUAUGGGUGGACAGCCGUCUGUUCCAUCACCGCCGCUCUGAUCAUUAUUUGUAUCUUGCUGGCGUUUGCCUUCACUGGCGCCGACCCAUUGCUCGCCAAAUUCCUUCGGGAGGUCCAACAUGCCUACCAGGAUCCACGACCCGCUAAGCAGGUGGUGGAAGCCCGGGAGAGCACGGAUGCUGUGCCAUGAUAGGAUUUCAGGUUAUAAUCUAGACGCCGCCAUAUUUUCGUAUCUUACAUUCUCAGCUAGUCAACAGUGGUGUGGUGCACGCACUGCUCAUUUGUACUAUACGCAUCUGGAACUCAUCUUAGGAGGACUUCAUUCAUUCACAUCUACAAUUUACAUUCAGGCUAGUUCAACUAUUGCAAGGCGGACUAUAUGUAGAUACUUACAAUUCAUUGUGGGCAUGCUAGGAACGUGGC